AUGGAAAAUGCUGAUUUCCAAUUCAACAGAGGACCACCCAUGCAGCCUGCAGGAGUCAGACCCAUGGUGGAUCCCGAAGCCGAAGGCGAAGUGGAUCCAUCUUUGUAUCCAGAACCCAAGGACUCUACUCACAAAGUCAGGGGAAAAACCGCUCUAAUAGAAAUGAUUUUCGGUCCGGUAGAUCAAGAAUUAUUAGUCGUGAAGAGUUUUUACUUCUUCUUCUAUUCCGCCUUCGGGUCUUUGUUCCCUCUGAUGGGAGUCUACUUUAAACAAAUGGGAAUGAACGCCAGCCAGAGUGGAUUCCUGAUUGGAUCCCGGCCAUUCGUGGAAUUCCUCUCGGCUCCGUUUUGGGGAGGACUGGCAGAUAGAUGGAGGAAAGGUAAAAUUUUGCUCUUGGCCUCGUUGGCAUCGUGGAUCGUUUUCACUGUUCCAUUGGGAUCAAUCCAACCUCCAGCAACCUCAUGCAUGGGUAUAAGAAACCAUACUCCGACACUGACCAGCCCUGAGAUCAAUGUGGGUAGAGUGAUAAUAACUAAGAGAUCAAUAAACAUGGAAACGAUGGCCGAUUAUAGCCGCCAGAUUGACGAUCAAAAAUACCCUAGUUUAUCAAGAAAACCAAGAGAAGUUGAACCAAUAUCGGUGAACGCAGGACAAUCUCCUAUAAGCGUGAAAUAUGCAUCAAACUACAAAGAAAAGGAGCACGAAAACUGGGUCCAACCAAUCAUAUCAUCCAUAGUAUACCGAACUCAAGACAUCCAGAAAGCCUUUUUCCUUCUUCUGCUGCUGGUAAUAAUAGGAGAGUUUUUCAGCGCACCCGCUGUAACAUUAGCAGAUUCCGCCGUCAUUACUCUUCUGGGAGAGGACGCCGACACCUACGGACAUCAAAGGAUGUUCGGCUCGUUGGGCUGGGGUUUGGCUAUGUUCUUCGUGGGCAUAGCUCUCGACCACUCCACUGCUUUUCCGAAUCAUCCCUGCGGGCCCGACAAGAAGGAGAAGAACUACACGAUUUGCUUCGCAACGUUCUCCGUGCUGAUGGGGGCUGCGUUGAUAAGCGCCACGCAGAUCUCGUUCAAAUACGACGAAGCCUUUGCGGAAUCCGUCGUGGAACAGAAAACCCAGUCGCCUACGGAGGAGGAUCGCAUGCAAGCCCAGCUGGCCGAGCAGCUCAAUCUUCCUUCGUUGGCUGAUACCAGGGCGACCGCUGCACCAUCUGUUCCUAAAGAACAAAAAACGAAAAUUUGGGCACAAACUACAAAAGAAAUGCCGGAAUGGAUGACGGUAAUCAAGCAGUACAAGAAUUUAAAAUGCGCUUCGUUCCUGUUCGUGGCUUGGUUCAUGGGCUUUGGGAUAGGACUGAUUUUCACGUUUCUCUUCUGGCAUCUGCAAGACUACGGUGGAUCGCCAACCCUCUUCGGCGUAGCUUCAGUUAUCAAUCACAUAUCGGAGAUAUUCGCUUAUUUCUUCAGUUUUCGUCUAAUCAGACAAAUGGGACACGUCAAGGUUUUGUGCCUCGGACUCAUCGGCAAUACGCUGAGGUUUCUGUACAUAUCUUGGUUGACCAACCCUUGGUGGGUGCUGCCGUUUGAGUUCAUGCAGGGCAUCACACACGCAGCGGUAUGGGCAGCAUGCUGCUCCUACAUAGCGCAUAACACACCGAUAGAGCUGCGCUCAUCGGCGCAGGGAGUCCUCCAAGGCAUUCACCACGGACUAGGCAGAGGUUGCGGGGCCGUGUUCGGCGGCAUGUUCGUGAGUUCGUUCGGAUCGACGGCGACCUUCCGGGGAUACGGCCUGAUUUGCCUUCUGGUACUCGCGGCGUUCGUGUUCAUAAAUUUCUACAGGGUCGAUCAAGGCUUCGUGUCCGAUUUGCCGCAAACGGAGGACCCGAGGCAAGUGGCAGAGGAAACGGCUCACCUGGCGCCCCACGGGGUACCCAGCAACCCGCUGCCCCGCGCCCUGUCCAGCUCGAAGCUGCACGAGAUGUCCCAACAAGACGGGUACGGGGCUAUGUACCAAAUGGGGCAAGGCGGUACUCUGAACGUUCCGGGGGCGAACCCUUUCAACGCGCAACAACAGCAGCAAUAUUCCGGAUACGAGGUAAGAAGUAAGUAAC